CAGCGUGCAAGCCAACAGCGUCUCCUAAAAUAAAACUGCCACUGAACAGCAGCAGCGCUGAGAGUGGAAAGGAACUACUGCAUUCUAGUUACAAAAACAGACCUUUUUUGCCAGGCAAAAUGUCGGACAGAAGCCCCUUUGAAACAGACAUGUUAACCCUUAACCGAUAUGUCAUGGAGAAGGGACGACGGGUUAAAGGAGCUACAGGAGAACUGACCCAGCUGUUGAACUCUAUGCUCACUGCCAUAAAGGCCAUCUCUUCAGCAGUCCGAAAGGCGGGCCUGGCUCAUAUGUUUGGAAUAGCAGGCACUAUGAAUGUGACUGGGGAUGAACAGAAGAAGCUUGAUGUUUUAUCUAAUUCGCUGGUUAUUAACAUGCUACAGUCCUCCUACAGCACAUGUGUCUUAGUCUCAGAGGAGAAUAAAGAAGCUAUCAUCACUCCAAAAGAAAAGAGGGGUAAAUAUGUGGUAUGCUUUGAUCCACUCGAUGGCUCUUCAAAUAUAGACUGUUUAGCCUCUAUAGGAACUAUAUUUGCUGUCUACAAGAAGACAUCAGAAGAUGAGCCUUCUGAGAAAGAUGCCUUACAGCCUGGACGCAACCUUGUCGCAGCUGGCUAUGCCUUGUACGGCAGUGCAACACUGGUAGCUCUUUCCACAGGACAAGGAGUAGACUGCUUCAUGCUGGAUCCGGCUCUUGGUGAGUUCAUUUUGGUGGAAAAGGAUGUUAAAAUCAAGAAGAAAGGGAAAAUAUACAGCCUUAAUGAGGGGUAUGCCAGGUACUUUGAUCCUGCCGUGACAGAGUAUUUACAAAAGAAGAAGUUUCCUGAGGAAGGUGUUUCUCCUUAUGGUGCCAGAUACGUAGGCUCCAUGGUGGCAGACGUUCACCGUACCCUAGUGUAUGGUGGGAUCUUUUUGUAUCCAGCUAACCAGAAGAGCCCAAAAGGAAAGCUGCGACUCCUUUACGAGUGCAACCCCAUAGCUUUCAUCAUGGAGCAGGCAGGGGGCGUGGCUACAACAGGGACAGAAGCAGUAUUGGAUGUGAAGCCAGAGUCCAUUCAUCAAAGAGUCCCUUUUGUCGUUGGGUCUCCAGAGGAUGUCCAAGAAUACCUUGCCUUUGUGCAGAAACACCAGAAAAGCAGCAAAUGACCCUUCCAUGCUCCUGCUUUUUGCUGUACACUGAGAAUGAAGUUUAAAAGGAAUAGAAGACAAGCAAUAGAAAAAGCCAUUUAAUUUUUAAAAUAAAAUGGUUUAUUUUUCUGCUCACACAAAA